AUGGGAUUUGGUGGGUGGGAUACUGGAAGAAGAGGAUCCAUACGACAAUGUGCCGUCAUCAUUCUGCACGAGAAAGGGGAACCUAACGAGCGGGGUAGGGGUGAACCACUUUGGUCCACUAACCCUCACACUGCUCUGCACGUCAACAGGAUAGAAGCAGGGCGCAAAACUCUCGUCUCUGUAAUUGAAGAUGCCAACGUCAUGAUUGAAGAUGUCAACCUCAUGGAGAUGCCAUUUCGGGGGUUCUGUGUAGUAAAUGGCAUCGGGCUUCAGCUCAGGGAAGUCGGCAGCUGGGAGCCCAAACCCAUUAUUAGAGCCAAUGAAAAGGGCCAGCCCAUCCAGAGAGCGGUCCAUGUAAACCAGGGAGCCACUCUCCGGGUCGUACCUGUGAACAUCGAAACCAACUGUCGGGUACGGAGGAGUCUUAUGGAGCCCUAUCUUUGGGCCAUAAUACUCAUCCAUGGUGUAGUAGCCAUGCCCAUGGGCAAGGGCCCCCACCAUCUCCCUGUUAAACCGUCUCACAUGAAAAAGCUCGCCGGCAAUGGGGUAGUUGUUGUUAUCAAAAGACACAGGAGGCAUGGGAAUCAUCCUUGGAGAAUGAGGGUCUCUGAGGUCCCAAGCCUCCAGACGAGGAUCAGGAUCCUCCUCCACUCCAUCAUCAUCAUUAUAAUCACCCUUGUGGUCACGUUCAUAAAAUCCAUCUCUCAAACAAAAGAAGAGCUUUUGUUUGGCGGAAUCAAAGCAGAAGAAGAUAGGGCGGUAGAAGAGAAAGCUGUCUGA